UGCAGCUGACAGAAGAAAACAAAGUUCUCCCUACUGAACAAAACAUUUCAGUGAAGUAAAACAGGGAGGGUAAAGCCAACCACAAAAUAGGAAAAUCCCUGAAAUGGGCAUUUAUGUGGAAUUUUGUGCUGAACAAAAACAUUAUCCAGUUCAGAAGAGGAUUGUCCACAUUUGGCUUUUAAUUCUGCUUCAUGAACUAACAGCUUGGGAAGGGGUUCAGAGCUGGAACUACAGCUAUUCAACAACAGAUAUGACAUGGCCCGAUGCCAGAAACUACUGCCAACAUUUCUUCACUGACCUCGUUGCAAUUCAGAACCGUGAAGAAAUUAACCAUCUGAAUACGGUGAUACCGAGGAACCCAACUUACUACUGGAUUGGAAUAAGAAAGAUUAAUAAUGUUUGGACCUGGGUUGGAACUAACAAAACACUGGAUGAAGAGGCAGAAAACUGGGCUGCAGGUGAACCAACUCCUGGUGCUGAAGAUUGUGUAGAAAUUUAUAUAAAGAGAGCAACAGAUGCAGGAAGGUGGAAUAAUGAUCCCUGUCUGGAAAGAUCAAAACGAGCAUUAUGCUAUUUAGCUUCUUGCAAACCAAAUUCAUGCAGUGGUCAUGGACAAUGUGUGGAAACUAUUGGAAGUUAUACAUGUCAAUGUUAUGAAGGAUUCAAUGGACCAACGUGUCAAUCUGCUGUGAAAUGUGAAAUUCCAAAGAUCCCUAGUGAUGGGACCAUGACAUGUUCACAUCCAAUCGGAAAUUUCAGCUAUCGCUCAAUGUGUGAAGUUGGAUGUAUGGAAGGUUUCUUGUUGAAUGGGUCAGUGAAUCUUCAGUGUGAGGCCUCAGGAAUGUGGUCAUCACCAUUCCCAACCUGUGAAGCUGUGAAAUGUGAAAUUCCAAAAAUCCCUAGAAAUGGGACCAUGACAUGUUCCCAUCCUAUCGGAAAUUUCAGCUAUCGCUCAACGUGUGAAGUUGGAUGUAUGGAAGGUUUCUUGUUGAAUGGGUCAGUGAAUCUUCAGUGUGAGGCCUCAGGAAUGUGGUCAUCACCAUUCCCAACCUGUGAAGCUGUGAAAUGUGAAAUUCCAAAAAUCCCUAGAAAUGGGACCAUGACAUGUUCCCAUCCUAUCGGAAAUUUCAGCUAUCGCUCAACGUGUGAAGUUGGAUGUAUGGAAGGUUUCUUGUUGAAUGGGUCAGUGAAUCUUCAGUGUGAGGCCUCAGGAAUGUGGUCAUCACCAUUCCCAACCUGUGAAGCUGUGAAAUGUGAAAUUCCAAAGAUCCUUAGAAAUGGGACCAUGACAUGUUCCCAUCCAAUCGGAAAUUUCAGCUAUUGCUCAACGUGUGAAAUUGGAUGUAUGGAAGGUUUCUUGUUGAAUGGGUCAGUGAAUCUUCAGUGUGAGGCCUCAGGAAUGUGGUCAUCACCAUUCCCAACCUGUGAAGCUGUGAAAUGUGAAAUUCCAAAAAUCCCUAGAAAUGGAACAAUGGCAUGUUCCCAUCCAAUCGGAAAUUUCAGCUAUCGCUCAACGUGUGAAGUUGGAUGUAUGGAAGGUUUCUUGUUGAAUGGGUCAGUGAAUCUUCAGUGUGAGGCCUCAGGAAUGUGGUCAUCACCAUUCCCAAUCUGUGAAGGUACUCUGAAGGAAAAUAAUUCAAUAAAAAUUAUCAGCAUUGGUAUUGCUUCUUCAGUCUGCCUAAUUUCUGUGUUAAGUGCUGUCAUACUCAUUAAAAGGAAAGUAAUGAAGAAAGGUUUCUCACCUAUAAGUACUUAAAUACACUGGCCAAUUCCAAGACUCAACCAGAGAAGAAAGGCAUUGUUCGACGGCAGAGACACAUAUUUUCUUCGCAAGAGUUGGAGAAUUUUGUCACAUGACUGACUAGAAAAACGCAAUAUGUAUUCAACUUGAGAAAAAUACCAUCUUUUAAAACAAUGGAGUGAGAUUAUGAUUAAAUUUCUGAUGAUUGUGAAGAAAGACUGGAGGUUAUGUCCCAUGUGAGCAAUCAUCACUGUGCACGUUUGGAGAUCCUUACAGCUGGCCCAUAUCUCAUAAAAGUUUCUUAAAAUGUGUACAAUAUUGGUAAAAGUAACUUCCUGGGGAUGGUAUUUUUGUCUUGCGUUAACAAAAUGCAAGUCACCUUUUUUUGUUUCAGAAAUGCACAUUCAAUUCAAAUCUGAUUUUUGACACCAAGAUUUUCAUUUUUUGAUAAAGUUAACCAACGACAGUAAAGCAAGGUGAGAGAAACGUGGAUGACCAGGCAGCUGGUAGAAGGCCAACUUCCAACGUCAUUGUUCAGGUCUUGAAACCUAACAGUAACCUCCAAGCAAGGUUCCCUUUGCAUGCUGCCUCUUCCAUACAGCACCAUAAGUCCCAGAAAUCACUUCACUCUCCUUCAUAGCCUCCAGGUCACUCCAUGCUAUCUCAUUUUCUCCAUAUCCUCUCUAAUCCCCUUUCAAACCCCUAUGCACUCCCCAUUCUCAUUAUAUAACCUUCAUAGGUACAUACCCAGUAAUCAUUAUGUACCAGCCCUCAGAACUCUGCCACAGCAAGCAUUGUAAUUAAGGGAUAAAAAUACUUUAGCAAUCAAAUUCACAUUCAAAUCUGUCAUUACAUUACAUCACAAACUGUAGGACUAUAGAAAAAGUUGAAUUCCUGAAAUGUCUGUUUAAAAAAAACCUUUAUUCGGGAACCAAGGUUAUGCUAUUGAAACUUUUUAAAACUGUCCAUUGCUCCACUGUCCACCAUUCUGUCAGAAUAUUCCAGACCCUUCACCAGGUUUCCCCAAUGGUCAUAAACUUUCCAAGGAGGUGUGUUUUUUGAGGGUCUUCCAGAUAGUUCACAAAACUCGAGUAGGAAAGAAAGUUCAAAUGUUCCUAUAGUUGUCACAUUUGGGAUCCCAGCUUCAGAAGACUGUAUUUGACUGUACAUUCUUUUUUUACCCGUAGCUUUGUCAAUCUGUGAAGAGUGUGGGGUUGGGCAGGCAGGAAACAAAAAUGUAUUUUUUUCAAGCAAAAGAAACUGUGUUCAGCAUUUCAUGACCCAGUUCCACUGGAAGAUGAAAAUGUGACUUGAGAGUUCAGUAGUGACAGGAAGAGCUCCUUUGAUGGUAUAGUUACUAAAGGCAGCACACAGCCGAACCUCUCAGAUUAGCAAGUUCCAGGCUUAAUUCCUGUUCUUGUGCUGAGACAUUUAACCUAACCUGGAGAUUGAUUUCACAUUCUGAAGAGAAUGAACACAUUUUUCAUUAUGUUAACAAGUUUCAGCAAUAGAGAGAAAAUUAAAUUGCUACACCGAAGGCUUUAACUUUGGAAAUAAGUCACAUAGGAAACAGGGACCAUCAGGCCAUACAAACAUUUCUGGGGGAAAAGAAAAUUGAGGGAAGUUGGUGAGCACUUUGAAUUGAUCCUACAUUACAACAGUGACUACACUUAAAAAGAAAUUCCUUUGGGUGUAAAGUGCUCUCAGAUGUCCUGCUGUUAUGGAAGGUACUAUAUAAAUGCCAGACCUUCUUUUUUUCUGUUUGAUGUGACAAAAAGGAACAAGCUUUUACAGUUUUUUUGUAUCGUUAGCAAUUUUCAAAGCACUUACAAUGUACCCUUACAAACAUUACCACUCAUUCUUUGACAUAAUAGCCAGCCAAACAAAUGAUUCCAAAAUAAACAAUGUAAUAUUAGCUACCACAGACCAAUGAGUUUGCUACAUUUUCAGUGAAUUUAAUUAUAAUCCGAUUUAUAUUU